AACACAAAUAUCAAAAAUUAAGAACAAAAAUGUGUAUUUGAACUUAAUUUUUGACUGAUGGUUGGAUUUUAAAUAAGAUAAUAUUAAUGUAAUUUGAAGUUUCCUACAUUAUUUGCUUAAACUAUGUUCAGCAGUAGAAUUAAACACACAUUGCAUUGCUGCCUGCUGCUGACAGUGAUUAUAGCAUUUGAAAUAUUCAGUGGUGGAAUAAAACUUCAUACUAUUUCAACUCCGAUAGAUCCCAUCGAAACGUAUGGUUUAUUCGGCACCAUAGUGCUCUACAUUUGCCGAGUUUUAACGUUUCUAUCCUUGCCUCAAGUGCUUUUUAAUUUUGUGGGGUUGACUGUUUACAAUGCCUUUCCAGACAAAGUUAUCUUAAAAGGUAGCCCAUUGCUAGCUCCAUUCAUAUGUAUUAGGAUAGUGACUCGAGGUGAUUUUCCACAACUUGUCAAAACAAAUAUUUCAAAAAACAUGACCAAAUGUACUGAUGCAGGCUUAGAAAAUUUUUUAAUUGAAGUUGUUACCGAUAAAGCAUUAGGCCUGCCUUCUCACAGGAGAGUAAGAGAAAUAGUAGUACCUUCUGCUUACAGAACUAAAACAGGAGCUUUAUUCAAAGCACGUGCACUCCAAUACUGUUUGGAAGAGGGUAUUAAUGUUCUUGCAGAUACAGAUUGGAUAGUUCAUUUAGAUGAAGAAACAUUGCUGACCGAGAAUUCAGUACGUGGAAUACUGAAUUUUGUAAUUGAUGGCAAACAUCACUUUGGACAAGGACUCAUUACAUAUGCCAAUGAAGAUGUAGUUAAUUGGCUAACCACUCUUGCUGAUAGCUUUCGUGUAGCUGAUGAUAUGGGUAAACUUCGACUUCAAUUCAAUUUGUUUCACAAACCUCUAUUUAGUUGGAAAGGGUCAUUUGUAGUGUCACAGGUGUAUGCGGAGCGUCAAGUUACUUAUGAUAAUGGUUUAGAUGGUUCAGUGGCAGAGGAUUGCUUCUUUGCAAUGAGAGCUUACAAAGAAGGUUAUACAUUCAAUUUUAUAGAAGGAGAGAUGUGGGAGAAGUCACCGUUUGGUCUAUGGGAUUUUAUUCAGCAGCGUAAGCGUUGGUUGCAAGGAAUUUUACUUGUUGUGCAUUCUAAAGCAAUACCCAUGAGAAACAAAUUUUUCUUAACUUUAUCCUGUUAUUCUUGGAUCACUAUGCCUUUAUCUACAUCUAAUAUAAUUUUAGCUAAAUUAUGUCCCAUUUGGUGUCCUUCUGUAGUAGAUUUUUUAUGUGCCUUCAUUGGCGCUGUGAGUGUGUAUAUGUAUGUCUUUGGAGUUGUAAAAUCGUUUUCGUUGUAUCGUUUUGGUAUGUUUAGAUUUAUUCUUUGCAUAUGCGGGGCACUUUCAACCAUUCCUUUAAAUAUGCUUAUUGAAAACGUUGCAGUUAUUUGGGGUGUUUUCGGUAAAAAGCAUAAGUUUUAUGUUGUGAACAAAGAAAUAAGAUCUCCCUUAAUUGUUUAAAUUUUAUAGAAAAUGUACAAAGAUUUUAAAAUGCUCUUACCCAGUGAUUUACUAACUUAAUGACGAUCUGCAUUUAUUUAUUUGUUAUGCUAUUAAUCAAUAAGGAUCUACUGUAUAUCAAUCACA